AUGGAACGACAAUUCGAUACGACUGAUAGGAGACCCUGGUGCGGUCCGACGGCUUUACGUGCCCUUCGAGACACACUCAUUCUAGUUCUCCGGUUUAAAAAUAAGAAUCCAAAAUUUGCAUUAACCCAAAAAAAACUUCUUAACUCAUUUAAUAUAAGCAAAAAUGUUAAUUCAGAAGGAAUAUGGACAGAAGCGGAAAAAUGGAGUAGUGAAAAUUCAUUAUUUCCUCAUGAAAAUGGAACUGCUGGUAAACUUUUACAUGCCAUACAAACCUCACAGAUAGCAUUGGUUGACAAUGCUCCUAAAGGAACUCAGCUAAAACUGUUACUAUUGCUUGAGGGCAAACAAAAACUUUAUUUUAAGCCUAAACGCUAUAAUUUAGAUCACAUAGUAAAUGGCAAUAUAUAUGCUGGUUUUGAUCGUCAUAACUCUGAAGUUUUUGCAUAUUACUUGGCAAUGGUGCUUAAUUUCAAGUGGAUUGCACCAUCUGUUAUUAGGAAUAUUCACAUACAUAAAGAUAUAAUGCCCGUUGCCACAGUGGGAUUGAAAAGGACUAUGGUUAAAAAUGAGAGUGGAACAAUGUGUAUUUAUGGCAAAUGUUUUUACUGUAAAGCAAAUGAAACUGUAUGUCCAGAUAAUAAUGGUGAAAUUGAGGGAGCAGCGAUUUUAUACUUGGACAGGCAAUUUAAAAUUUACAAGUCCCCAUGGAGAAGAUCUUAUAGUACAAAAAAAAUGGAAUGGGAAAUAGAUAAUAACUUUUGUAAAAAAGCAAAAGGUUUAAUGAGUUCAAAGAGGUUGUUAAAUUUAAUAGAUGUCGCUAUAUUUGAUUUCUUAAUACAAAAUGGAGACAGGCACCGCUUUGAAGUUUACAAAGAUCAAAUUGUAUUACUUGAUAAUGGAAAAGGCUUGGGAAAUCCAAUGGUUGAUGAAUUGGAUAUUUUAGCACCUCUUUAUCAAUGUUGUAUGUUGACACCAUCAACAUGGCAAAAUUUGGAAUUGGUUUCCGGUGGCAGUUUAACUGAUACUAUUAAACUUUUAGCGGCUCUCCAUGGUCAAAGAUUAGCUACAGAGGAACAUUUCAAAGCUGUUGAGCGUAGACUGCUAAAAGUGUAUGCCACGGUACAGUAUUGUAUCGGCAAACAUGGCAGAGCUAAAGUUUUAAAUAAUUGGGAAAUA